AGAUGGGCGUGCGACUUUGACUACUUAAUCAUACCAUCUCUCUCUGUCUGUCUUAUUGAGGCUGCAAUCUACAUAACAGACAAACUCCAGCAUCCGAAAACGGAGAAGAUAAUAUAAGGUUCCACUGUACAUUUAUUGUGUGUACUGAGGUCAAGAUGAUGUGCUAUACUAUCUAUACUGCCACACUUUGUCUGUUGGGCUUUGCUGCUGCCCAGUCUAUACUUCAGAUUUCAUCCUGCCUGACUAAAGAGCAAAACCUUCGGCUGUUGUGCAGGUUUACUCCAAAUCCAGACACAAAGCUUCUGAAUUGCUACUAUAAGACGGAGGGUAAAUUGGUCGGUUCCACCAAUAGCAGCCAUGAACCAGACAGCUCUUUCAAGAACCGUGCCACUGUCGCUAUUGUCAGUGAUGUGUGUCAGCUGAAUCUGACUGGUUUCUCGAAUGACAAACCCCAAAACUUCACCUGCAUCAUCAAACAGACUGCCCCAGAAGUGUCUAAAUCUGCUACUGUGGAAAAGAGCAAGUUAUCGACCUGUUCAGCCUGGUGUGCUAUGCAGCACAGUGCAGUAGCACUCCUGCUAGCUUUCCUCACCUUCCCACUGAUGUCAGAGCUUCUGUGAGCUGUGGGUGUGUGGAUCUCUUGGUUCAACUCCACUACCCCAAAACAAAAUUGUCUUGUACUUCUCUCUCUAUCUAUCUAGAAUGUAAUCUAGGUGUUUGAUAUUUCCUCCGAAAUCAGUUUUGUUGGCAUUGGGUUCGAUACUAGGAGAACUUUUGAUUGCAACGUUAUUAUGCACUGGCUUAGCUUUGCCGCUGAUGUCAAAAAUACUGUUAUGUGAUGCAAAUCCCUUAAAUACAAUGUAAUUGCAUAUUCUGUUUAAAUGUGGCUGCGGGUGGUUUGAUAAAACUGUUAAGUAAAUCCACUGUUUGGCAUUGUCAUGUUCAAGGAGUUCUGUUAAAUAAAUACGGUUUUACUCUGA